AUGUCGUUGAAUCUAGACUUUGAACCCGAUCAUUACUUUUUCGACUUUCAUCCUGAAGGUCCUACUUUCAACUACUGGCGUCGUCAGUUUCUCGACUUUCAAGAUAGAUUCAGACCACCAGACGACCCCGCGCGCGAACUCUCGCCUGAAGACUCAGAGCCCUCGCCCUAUCCCUCCCCCUGCCCCUCCCCCUCUCCCCCCUCGAGCAUUGCAACCAUGGAUCUCGAGAUGUUGGACCUGGGAAGAAGCAACGACGAUGUGCCCGUUCACACGCCUCGUCGUCGUACCAGGAGUGUUGAGCCCUCGACUACUCGUCUGUCCAUUCACACGCCCUCGAACCGCUUCUUCCAGAACCCUCACUAUCCUCACUCGGCCAUUAACACGCCGGCUGCCCCAACUCCCCAUGCCGUGGCUGCUCGUCGAGCACUUGACCAGCGUCGCAUUGCCAUGUUCACCCCGGGCCGCACCCGUCGCCAGAGCUUCAGAGAGCAGAGAGAGACGCCCAUGUCGAUCCUACGCCAUCUUGGCCGCGCCCUGGCUCCCACCAGCCAUGUGAUUGCCUCCUCAUCCUCCCCGGACAAGCCCUCUCCUAAUGGCAGCGGCGGUGGAGGAUCUGGCGGCCGUGGUAGGCGCGCAACUCGACGGGCUGACGAUGAUGACGACGAGCUGCCAAUUGAUAGGCCUCGCCUGUCUCUGCCGCUUGAUGAGGGCUCCUCCUCGGACGACUUGCAGCCUCCACAGUCGUCCAUGCUCGAUGACGGAAACGUGACGGUUCAGUCUGUUGAGCUGCCUCGUCGAGCUACCAGCGAGGGCCCCCCAAGGCGCAGCUUUGGCUUCUUCCCGGGAUCUGGUGACGACAUCAUGUGGGAUGACAUUUACGGGGAACACAUGGGGUCAGAUCCCUUUGGUAGAUCAAUUGAGAUUGCCCCCCCGGCUCCUCUGGAUCCUGAGAUUGCAGAUUUACGGCGACCUCCUGGUGACCGUCGUGAAAGCGACUUUAGCCUUGACAUGCCGUCUGGCCUGAGUGACAAUGAUCAAACCACCUUCUACAUGAGGUCUCCCGUUAUUGAUGAUGUCCAAACUGUUCUCAAUGCUCCCAACCCCGUUGAGGAUGACAUUGAGCUCAUGAACGAAAAGAGACAGGCAGAAGUCGAGGCGGAAGUCGAGACAGGGGUCGAGACAGAACUCGAGGCAGGACUCGGGGCAGAAGCGUCCGCAGAAGCAUCAGCAGAAGCGUCAGCAGAAGCGGACAUGAAGGCAGUGCGGGAAGCAGAUGACCAGUUUCCUGAUUAUGGCGACUUUGAGUCCGUGUCUAGCCUGGGAGACGCUGAAAUGGAGGCCAUCACCAAGAUUGACUAUGAGACGAUUGGGCUCGAGCCUGAGAAGCCCAACGACGACAUCAUCGGAUACCCCCAUGGCCGGCCCAAGAAAAAGAAGGCCAAGACCUCCAAGACCAGGAUCUCAAAGCACAACAUUGAGUAUCCGCAGCUGCCGCCCGCCUUUGUCAGGCAGGUUACCCAGGCUGCCAUACAAACGACGGGGUUGGUUAAUCAAAGGAUACCCGCCGACACCCUUGGAGCCUUGACGCAAGCUUCGGAUUGGUAUUUCCAGCAGCUCGGCGACGAUCUAGGUGCCUACGCCAAUCACGCUGGUCGAAGAACCAUUGAAGAGCGCGAUGUCAUUACCUUGAUGAAUAGACAACGCCUUCUCAACCCAGGACUCUCUCUCUUCAACCUGGCCAACCGCCAUCUUCCGCGCGAGCUCCAGCAGAUGCUGAGGUGUGCUAUUCCCAUGGCCCAUCCUGGCACGUAUGCCACCCAUGCCACCCUUGCCACCCACGCCGCGUAUGUGCCCCAUGGCGAUGGCGGCACGAAGCGGAAGAGAGAGGAAGAAGAAGAGUAUGACGAAGAUGAUGACGAUGAGGAAGAGGAGCUGGUCUUUCCAGAGGAUGAGGAAGAAGAGGAAGAAGAGGAAGACGAAGAGGAAGAGCAAUAG